AAGACCAGAAAGAAAUAAUUAUCAAUAUAUCAUCAUGAAGAAAAUCCCAUCCAUAAAAUAUUCAAUUUCGUGCCAAUAAACAUUCCCCCCUGUUGAAUAAUUCAAAGAUGUGGUGGGGAUAACUUGCUACACAAGCACCACUUUGCUUAUAAUUUUGUUCAACUGCAAAGAAACAACAAAAUUUUCAUCUCCAUCUCUUUAUCAACACAAGAGAAUAAACAUCCUCUUCAACAACUACUCCCCAUUUUCAAAGAAACAGCAGCUGAGAAUUAUGAAGAGAGAAGGAUGGCAGCGUGGAGCUCUCAUGGUGAGGAACCCAUCCCUUCACCUCACCGACUGCUCCGCCACCUUCGACGCCGGCAGAUUCUAUGGCAAGGCUCCGUCAAGGCCCGGCAGCCACUCGAAGCAAACCGGCAAGUGCCGGAGGCCUCGAUGCACAGAGUGCCACUCCCUCCCUGCGUCAAAAUCUAAGGACAAGGCUAAAGGCGCACACAAACUAAGAUCCUGCAACGUCAAGCUGAACCACAAGCUUGUUUCAUGGAGAGUUGUCAAUGGAGGGCAGCGGCCAAAGUUUGCCGGCGCAUCAGCCAGUGAUCUGUUGAGCCAGUUGUCUGGUUGUUAUUGGAAUGAAGAAGAUGAUGAUCAUGAAGAUGAGGUUCAAGAAAGUGGAGAUCAAUUUCAUGAGUGUGUUGAUUUUGAUGUAGGAGGAUGCAGUGAUGAAAAGGAAGAUGAGGAGGAUAUGAAAGAAGAUGAGGAUGUGGAUGAUGACAUGGGUUUCUGUCAGGUUGGGUUUAUUAUGGAGUAUUUAGAAAGGGAGGAUUGGUAUAUGGUGUAUGAGAUUUGAUUGGAGUGGGAGGGGCGUUAUGGUUUAAUUUGUGUACAGUCUAAUGUGUAUUUUUAUGUAUAUUACUAAGUUCUAUAAUAAUGUACAGGAAUGGUUUCAUUGUACUGGUUAUAUCUUAUGUUUCUUUGAC